AUGUCAUCCUCUGUGAUACUGACCGCGCAGUCCACCCAGUCACUUCUUGACUACCUCGCUGUCCCCCUCCCGUCGCUUCAAUCGCACCCCGAGCAGGAAUCAUAUGUCCCUCGAACUAAUCGUGCCUGUCCUGACGACAUUCAAAGGAUUGUGGAUUGGCCAGAAUUCAGCUACCCAGCCAUCCGUCGACGGUAUGAUGGGCUGUUGGGUACGACACAGAUCUGUCCUGAAGAAAUUCACCCUCUCGCCUUUCGUUCACUCCGCAACAAGGCUGUGUUGGACUUCACGGUCAACACGCUGAUUGCAGAUCGUGUUCGCACUGCCCUAGAGGCUGUAUUUAAACAGCAUCCUCGCGAGCUGAUACGUAAGCGAUUGGUUCCGAUCACGAUGGGAAGCGGGCAUUUGGCAUCUCCCAUCAAGCCAUACGAGGCCGACGUCGCAUUCUACGAGCCCCACGAUGAGAAUGAUCCCGACACCUACUUUCUCAACCCCAAUCGAGCUCCUGGAGGCCUCAAGGUCUCUUGGAAAUGGAAGUCCACCUGGCGAGCCUCGCAAAAUGAGAUGGAACGACGCUUCUACCUUCUCCAUCUCUCCCGAGUCAACCUCUACAUGCAGCUCUAUGGAAGCAAGUAUGGUUUCAUUUUGACGGAUAAGGAAUUCGUGGCUAUCAAGCGACUGGACAACAUGGGCAACCUGGCUGUCUCGGAACCGAUCCAUUGGAUCGAUGGUGGAAACGAUCGACCCUCGAUCAUUCUCGGCUUGUGGUAUCUUGGGAUGCUAGCAGCUGAAAAAAACUGGCGUUUGGAAUGA